AUGGAUGAGGGCAAAGCAGAUGAGAGCAGCAGUAAAGCCAGGCUGGAGCUAGAGCUCGAAUUUGUGCAGGCGCUAGCCAAUCCUCUGUAUCUACAACACAUUGCGUCUCAGGCAUAUUUUGCUGACCCGGCGUUCGUCAAUUACUUGGCCUACUUGAAAGAGCACUACUGCAGGCCAGAGCGUGCCAGAUUCGUGCAAUAUCCACAAGCGCUCCAGCUGCUCGAGCUGCUACAGAAGAAGGAGUUCAGGGAGAGAAUAGCUACAGAGACGAUCUCGCGAGACGUAGCGAUGCAGCAACUCGCUCAUUGGACUAGCUCUUCAGAGCUGUAG